AUGACCUUCUCAAAGAAUGAUUUCGAACGCCUGGUCCUCUCGGUCCUCCCUCCUUCGGGGGAGCCACAGAGCCACAUGAAUGAGACCCAACUGGCCCAGCUGGUGCACUAUGCAUCCACCCAGUCGGAGAAGCUGUCCCGGUUGAUGCUCUUCAUCCAGGCGAGCCUGAUCGAGAGUCACCGUGCCCGUGAGCUACCCAUCACCGAGACAUAUGUCCAUAUGAUCAAUGCCAUCGUGGCCAAGACCGCCGUCAGCCACGGCUCCAUCUACAGCCGGCACAUUCUCGAAAUGAUCUGCUACCUGAUCCGGUGCAUGUCGGCCGAUGGGCUGCCGCUGGCCAGCUCGGCCACAUCCGACAUCCCGCUGGACGAUGUCCGCAUGGCCACGUCGUUGCUCUUCCCCCUGGUUGCGGUCCGCGUGCCGGUCAGCAAGGACCCGCUGCUCCCGUCGUGCUUUGUUCCCCUCUUCGAGCAGAUGCUUGCCGGCUUCACGGCGCUGCUUGACCGCCCGGCUGACUUGUCAGCCCAUGACCGGGCCAUUUCGCGCCUGGCCCUGGCGGCCCUGCGUGCCAUCUGUCUUGGGGCCGCCUCGUCUGUGUGGCUCAACGACACCCCGGACAUCUAUGGGCGCAUGGUGUCGGCCCUGGUGCGGGUGGUGGGACUCGCGGACCAAUGGUCUGCAGAAGCUCUCUUCCACAAGCGCGCCAUGGCGGUCAUGGGUCCCGUGAGAGCCAUUGGCGACCUCGCCCGGGAUAUGUCAGCCUUCCACUCGGUCCAUCGGUGCAUGCUCGGCUACCACGCGCUGCGGACCCUGCAACACCUGGCCAGCCAGGCCGAUGUUUCCACCUUUAAUUGGCUUUCGUCCUACAGGAAGGACUGGCCAUAUGUAUUUGUGGCGGAUUUGAUGCUCCAGCUUCGGAAGUACCUUGACGCCAGCAGCUCCCAUGGCCUGUUGGCUUAUUUGAUCGACCGAAUCAACGCAUUUGAGGCCGACGACCUGGACAAAGGCACCUUCCUGUAUGUUACGAUUCACCUGGUGCUGGUCCUGCGGAUGGUCUUCGAGGGGAUGUUUCCGUCGGGUUUCAGCGAGGCCGGCCGGCGGCCGGCACCCUUCGCCCUGCCCUCAACCGAGGACCAUUCGCUGUACUUGGCGGACCUUGGCGAGGAGGAGCCGGCCCGAGGCGAGUACCAGUGGGAUGCCCUGCUGGCUGGCGAUGCCCCGAGCGCCGACCGGCCAUCCCCUUUCCCGGCCGGCAGUUUGAGGCUCUUCGGCAGUGGUCCCUCGGCGACCGGCACCGAGGCCCAUGGAAUCGGCCCAUCGCCGAUGCGCAUGCCCAUAGUCGAAAUGCUGGAGUGCUGUCUUGGCCACUGGUCCCUGAGAUAUCCACACCAGGUGCGCCUGCGCAUCGUCAAAAGGGAGUGGAGCUCCACGCCCAUCAUAUCUCAGAGAAGUGUUGCGCUGCCGCCGCUCGACACCGAUCCGUUCCAGGUGGAAGAUCUGCAGUCAAAGGUCUUCAAGCUGUGCUGGCUCCUGCUGUCGCUGGCCGAAGUGCUGAUCCGCCGCAUUGACACCCUGACGGACCGGAUGGCCUGCUCACUGUCCAUCCUGCGCAUCGUAACGGCCUUGGCUGGCGGCGAGCUGGAUGAGGCCACCAUGGAUCAUCGUUUGCCGGUGUUGGUUAACACGGCCGGGCGAAUUGCCCGGGCUCCGCCGGUGCUGGAUGCCUUUGCCAAGGCACAUGGCGGGCGCCUGCUCGCGUCGCUGACGUCGGUCUUCGGCCGGGAGCUGUCUCUCACCUCGGCUCCGGCCCCCGGGGCGGAUCCCCUGUCGAUGGGCGACAUUCUCGGCCUGGUGGUAGCCCUGGCCGACUACACCGGGCUCCAGGCGGCGGCCGCGGCGUCCGAUGGCAUGGGCGACCCGGCGGUCCUGCCCGCGGCCGGCGGCCCGGCCGUGGCCGUUGUGGUGGCGGCAUUGGCCGCGGCGGCCGACUCGGCAUCCGCCUCGCCCUCGACCCGGGCGGCACACACGCACAACCUCCUGGCCCUGGUGGCGUGUCUGUACCUGAGCCGUCUGAGUGCCCUGGUGCCGGCCGCCGCGUGCCCCGUGCCAACGAGUGUCCAUGAGCAGUUGCUUCUGGCCACCAGGGCGGCGGUGGAUCUGGCCGCGCUGGCGGCCGCUCUCCCGGAGUUUGAGCCAUACCUGACUGAUCUGAGCAUCGCCCUGUCGAUCGCUGGCGGCAUUGCUUUCGCCCCGGAGGAUCUGACAUACGCUCCCCUUUGUCCCCCUCCCUCCCCUCCUGCCUCCAUCCGUUUGGUUGCGUUUGAUUGGGUGGGCCUGGCAUCGGCGCUGGCCUGCUCGGCCGACAAGCUCGGCACCGAGAAGGCCGGGCUAUUGUUCCGCUUGGACUAGGCACGUCUGACUCUCGCGGCGCUGGUGGCCAAGACCCGGCCGGAGUUCCGGUCUUCGGCUUUGGAUGCGGCGGGCGAUGCCUCCCAGGAGGAGCGGCGCGCCGCCUGAGCCGACGCCUGGUGGCCCGCGUGACGCGCAAACCUUGUGCAAUGCCAACCCCCCCCCCCCUUCGUGGACAGUCAGGCGAUUCACACAUCCUCCAACACUUGGGUGAAUGUCCGGGCUUGGGUAUUUGAGGCCACGGGGCUCACUCGCAUGUCCCAUGCCCCGGCUCCGUUGCCACUUGCCUCGCCCCCCCCCCCCUCGAUUGGAGUGAGCCCUGUCCGGAACCGGAAUAUAAUGAACGUGACUAUGCUAGGAAGGUGGCCUUGUG